ACGGCUCUCCGGGCUCCUUCCUCCUCCUCCUCCUCCUCCUCCUCCUCUCCUUCCUCGGAUUCCUCCUGCGAGCGGACCGCUGCGGACGCGCUGCUCCGUCUGCCGGCGAGGGGAUGGGCUGCCGCCACUCCGGGCCGUGGUUAGAAGAUGGAACGGGGGUCAGCGGGCCGGACCUCUGCCACGGCAGCCAACGAGAGGCACUUCGGAUCCUGAGCACCUACGAGCAGCCAAUCACGUUGCAGGUAGAGGGCCAGCGGGCGCAGCAGCGGGGCGCACAGCUCCGCACCUCGGACUGCAGCACGCAGACGGACCGGCUGUGGGAGGGCGUCAGAGGCCUGGGGGUCACCGCGGGGUCAGCGUCCAGGAUCAACACCCACACCGACAAGCCCUAUCGCAGUCACAUGACCCUGCCCCGCGACACCUGUGCAGCAUCCGAAUACCAUCCCAGCAUGCACUACGGAAUGGAGAACAUGGUAUAUAAAAACCCAGGACUGGCCAGCUGUAUGCCCCAAGGACAGAGCUGUUUGAUUGGAUGCUGCAACACAAACGUGGAGGAGCCCGGAAGCUUCUUGAGCCAGACAGAAGAUGAGGACUUCGUAACGGAGAGGCCAAUGGGUUACUUACCUCUCAUGCACGAGCUGGACAGUGGCCUGGGCUGGACGGACGGCAGCCUCCACCAGGGGGAGCUGUCGGGGCUGGAGACGGAGGAGGGCGUGGAGGAGCGCACCAGCCGGGGCGGUUCCCCCUCCUCCGAAUCCUUCAUCUCCUCCGAGCUGAGCGACUCCGGCUUCUACAGUGUCAGCACCGGGGAGUUCCGCCGCUUCCAGAAGCUUCUGGAGAGGAGGAUCCGCCUGUACCGGGCCCGGGCGCUCGCCCCGGGGGAGCAGCGGGACGGGCCCAAGGGCCGCAGGGAGCUGGAGUCCAUCCCCGAGGCGCUGACCCUCCAGCCGCAGAGCGCGCGCCCGCCGAGGCCCGCCGGGGCGCACAGGUGCACCAUGGGAACGUCGGCGGUGCAGUUCCGCAGGGCCGGGAGCCCCUGCCUCAGCCGCUGCAGCUCCAGCACGGGCUCGCUCUUCCGCCUCCACCCGGGGACCUCCAGCUGCAGUACGCCCUCCUGCCAGAGGAGGGCGAUGAUGCUGCAGCGGAACCCCACGGCAGGCUUCCUGAGGAGGAGCCACACGCUGCACCGCUCCGCCCCGCACGCGCUGGAGCGGCGGCGGGCGAGCCACCCGGCGUCGCCCGACUACUGCAGCACGGCGCUGCACCGCGGCCGGAGGCUGGCCGCCGAGCUCCCCGGCGCGAAGGAGCCGGUCCGCAAGCGCGGGGCGAGCGCCGACGUCAGGACCAGCCCCGCGCUGCGAGGAGCCGCCGAGGACCCCCGCGGAGUUUCGUCCGGUGAGCACUGCUGCGGCGGCGGCGGCAGGCUGGGCGACGCGAAGCCGGGGCGGGGUUUCGGUGGUCGGGACGUGGCCGAGAGGCACGGGAGCGGGGCGAGGGAGCGGGAGAAGCGCUUCCACACGCUCGGCCACUCGCAGGACAUCCACGAGACCUGGCCCAAGCCGGCCAACCGCUGCUGCCAGGGCCGGGGCGGCCUGUACAGCACGCUGGACAACCACUGCCCCGGCUCCCAGAGGGACCCGCCCGGCAACCCGCGCGCCCUGCGCCACCAGCUGCUGAAGGAGCGCGCCUCGCGGCUGGCGGACGAGCGCGGCGGCAUGACCACGGACGAGGAGUCGCACGGCGAGGUCAAGACGGGCCGCUACUGGAACAAGACGGAGCGGCGGCAGCACAUGCUGCUGGCCCGCGAGCAGCGGCUGCAGGAGCAGCAGGCCCGGGGGGUGCCCUGCGCCGGCGGGGCGGAGGCCCGCUACGGCAGCGCCGUCCUGGAGCUCAGCCACAGGAAGCUGAGCCGCCUGCGGAACCGCAAGCUGCUGGACAACUGGACCACCGUGGAGGAGCUGCUGACCCACGGCACCCGGCUGGGCAGCACCGAGGAGAUCCUGUGCCCCAGCUCGCUGCUCUCCGUCACCACCGUAUAGCCCCGCCGAGUGCGUGAGUGUGU